UGCUGGAAUAGAGAUGGAAAUGCAGGAAGAAAGGAGGAGAGAUGGAAGAUGGUCCCAUCAUGUAUAUGGUGGACAGUAUGGCUAGAGAGGAACCAGAGAUGUCAUGAAGGAAAGCAGAGCAACAUACAAAGAUUUAAGCUUAACUGUUUAGCUCUGUAUUAUUUUUGGUGUAAACAAGUAGUCUUAGAUAGCUCAGAAGUAAUCAGCACAACUAUAGACUGGCUGUAACUUGGUAGGUAUAGGAGCCUAUGUAACUACAACACUUUUGGAGGGGAACUACACUUUUGAGGUAGUAUACCUGUGGAUAAAUAUAGACUAACUGUUACUUUUAUCAAAAAAUAAUAAUUUGUAUUACUAUAUUAUUAAGAAUUAAAAUUUCCAAAUCCAACUUGGAGUUGGUUUCCAAUUCUGGAAAAGUGCUUCAAACCUAUUUUCCAACUCCAUCUUCAUAAAUUCCAAAAUAGUGCUCUCUUCUCUCCUUUGCAAAAAGUAUAACCAAACAUAACCAUCUUCAACUCUAACUUCAUAAAUUCCAAAUGAAGUGAAAAAUAUUUGAACCUAUGGCCAAAUGCCUAUUAAAUUAUAGUAAUUGAAAGCUAAUCCAUGAAUCAUAGUGAUAUAUAAAUAUUUCAAUCACAUCGGUCACGGGUUUGAGCCCUAUACCAAGCAAAUUAAGCCUAGUAUUUAAGUGGAGAAAGAUAAAACAAUGGAUCUAGGUUUAUAUUGGAUAAUCGGGAGUUCCGGAUCAUCCCAAAGUUCUGAAAAUUACGAUUAGGAUUGGUUCUUUCAAGUGCUGAUGAUAGAUUCUUGAGCUAUGAUGAGAUGGAGAUAGUGGAAGUAGUUUCUGAUCAGGUGUCUGUGGUUUUGUCCCAUGCCACUGUUCUUGAAGAGUUCCAGACAAUGAGGGAGAAACUAGAAAUGAGACAUUGUGUGCUGCAGCAGUCUAAAGACUAAAUAGAAUGUAUGAAGGCAAGACAGACAAGGACUUCGUUUCAGAAGGUGAUGAACAAUGUAAUGAGGCGACCGAUGCACUCAAUUUUGGGUUUGCUCUCCAUAUUUCAAGAUGAGAAAGCAAGCUUUGACCAGAAGAUUAUGUUUACACAAUGGUGAAAAGUGAAAAAAAGUACUGUUCUUUUUUGAGAAAAAAAAAGAAAAAGUACUGUUCUCUUCACACAUUAAUGAAUGAUGCAGAUGGAGAUUUCUGCCAAAGAUGAUGGAAGGUUUCUAGUAGAAAUGAGGCCCUUUAGUUGCAUUUACUGGGCAGGUAGACUUCUUGUUUUGUUAAGUGGUUGUGCAUCUAUAAGGGCUUUGGAUUUUCUACAGAUGUUCCUACUUCUUUGCCUUAUCAGGUGAUGAGUGAUGAGAAGAGAACAUUUGAGGUUUUGUUACAUAUGGGAGGACAUUUAUUCUAUGUCAGCAUCAGAAAGGGCUCUGUUAUAUUUGAAGUGGUUUUAGAUAUUGGAGCUGAUGGUGGGAAUGGCAGUUUGGGGAACAAGAAGACCAUGGAUGACAGCUGAAUAUGUGACCAUAAAAUUUAAUAAUGAGGUUUGUCUUGAAGGCUCUCAAUCAGAUAGCUCAAUCUCCACCAUUCACUUUGGUGUAAAAAGGCAUAACUUCAAGGAUGUGAUGGAGGGCUUGAGUUUCAGCAUGUGCAAAAAGCUUGUCCAGGGAAAUAUAUGGAUGUCCUCGAAUGCCCAGGGCCACGUGCAAGUGAUGACACUCAUUCUGAGAUUUCAAAAACAGUCAUCUUUUAGGAAACACAUGUUUGAAUAUAGAAACCCUUUGGAGCAACCAAUUUCCGUCACAAUGUUCAGAAGCUUUUGUGUAGUCCUUGCUGAUGAUAACAACAAGAAGACACUGAAUGAUGUAAUAGACUGGUAACCAGAAAGUGUAUCAACUGGUUUUCAGUGCCUGAGUGCUCUAGGCCCUGCCCUAACAACCUUUCAAGUUGUCAGCAUGGGAUCUUCAAAUGCCAGAAAUGGAUGGAUUUGUGAAGUGGCAUUGAGGGUGCAUAAAUUCCGCAGCCGUAGUUGGCCUUUGAUCAUAGCCCUGACUGCUAGUUCAGAGGAACAAGUAUGGUAUCUGCCUACAGGUGGGAAUGGAUGGUCUAACAAGGAAACAUGUUCUCCUACAUGGCUUAGCCAAUGAGCUUCAACGACUCCUUCAAAGGGGUGUAUGGUGAUGAUGGCUUGUGAGGUGUAGUACUAGUGGUGAAAAACAAACUUAAGAAGGGUCCUAAACACCAUAAUAUCAUACACCUUUAUGGAGAUUGCAUUACAUCUUUGUUUGAUGAAACCAGCUUCUUACUAACAUAGGUCUGCUUGCAAUUUAGUUCUCCUCAUAUGUUGAAGUGAAAUAUGUCAAGCUAGUGGUAUGGGUUCCAUCAUUUUUUUCCCCAAGAAACCUUGUGGAACUCUCAAGCUUGAAUAUUGCACCUG